UUUCACAUCCAUUCUGCCAAAUCUGCAGCAGCAUUGAACUCGCACAGAAAAGGCGAGGCUAACAAAAGAAAAGGAAAAAAAAAAGGCAAACUGAAGAAUGCUUUUCUGAAGGACCUCCUAUCACUAGGCUUGAGUUGAGUUUGCAUGUACAUUAGACGUGAACUGGUUCAUGAUUUACUGAGGAGUGCUGGUGAAGAGGAGGAGGAGUGGUCAGGAUCGGAGAUCAUUAAGCACUUUGAAAAAGACGUCGCCCUGAACGCAGCACAGCAGCACCGCAGCCAGGAGGACCAGAAGUGCGUUUAACCUCCGAAAGUUGCGUCGAUCUGGACAUGAUUUGGUUCUGAUUUGCUGCUCAGCUGCCCGGAGAGGACUGCGGAGGGGCUGAACGCCGCAUUGUGGCAACCGACACCCUCGAUUCCUGCCCGAGGACUGCACAAGCCGCUCGCCGCAAAAUGUCAUCUCAGGCCAAAGUCAAGAAGGACAAAGAGAUUAUUGCCGAAUAUGAGACCCAAGUGAAAGAGAUUCGUAACCAGCUGGUGGAGCAGUUCCGAUGUCUGGAGCAGCAGUCCGAGUCCCGGCUGCAGCUGCUGCAGGACCUGCAAGAGUUCUUUCGCCGAAAGGCCGAACUCCAGCUAGAGUAUUCCCGAGGGUUGGAUAAGCUGGCUGAGCGCUACUCCUCCAAGAUCCGCAGCUCCAGAGAGCACCAGCAUUUCAAGAAAGACCAAAAUCUAAUCUCCACUGUGAACUGCUGGUAUUUGGUUUUGGACCAGACCCGGCGAGAGAGCCGAGACCACGCCACUCUCAGCGACAUCUACAACAACAACGUCAUUGUCCGCCUGGCACACGUGGGCGAGGAUGUCACCAGACUCUUCAAAAAGAGUAAAGACAUCGGCGUCCAGAUGCACGAAGAGUUAGUGAAAGUCACCAAUGAACUCUACACAGUGAUGAAGACAUACCACAUGUACCACAGUGAGAGUCUGAGUGCUGAGAGCAAGCUGAAGGAGGCAGAAAAACAGGAAGAGAAGCACAUCGGCAAGGUGAAUGACAUCAGCGGCGGUCUGUUGCGUCACAGUCAUGAUGAGCGUCCCCAACGAAGAAGCUCCGUCCGGAAGAUGGAAAAAAUGAAGGAAAAGAGACAGGCCAAGUACUUUGAAAAUAAGCUGAAGUGCACAAAGGCCCGGAACGACUAUCUCCUCAAUCUGGCAGCUACCAACGCCCUGGUGGCCAAAUAUUACAUACACGACGUGUCGGACAUGAUAGAUUCUUGUGAUCUGGGCUACCAUGCAAGCUUGGCGCGCACCAUGAGGACCUAUCUGUCUGCUGAAUACAGUCUGGAAACCUCUCGCCACGAAGGUUUGGAUCUACUCGAAGGAGCCGUCGAUGCCAUGGACAUUAGAGGGGACAAGCUAAGGUUUAUGGACACACACAGUCAGAUCUUCUGUCCUCCAGCACGUUUUGACUACCAGCCACACAUGGGGGAUGAGGUGUGUCAGGUUAGUGCACAGCAGCCUGUCCAGACAGAGCUCUUAAUGCGAUACCACCAGCUGCAGUCUCGCCUGGCCACACUGAAGAUAGAAAAUGAAGAGGUUAAGAAGACUCUUGAUGCCACCAUGCAGACCCUCCAGGACAUGCUAACUGUGGAGGACUUUGAUGUAUCAGAGGCCUUCCAGCACAGCCAAUCCACAGAGUCUGUCAAAUCGGCCUCCUCUGACUCCUACAUGAGCAAGGCAAACAUCACCAAAAGGCGAGCCAAUCAGCAAGAGACCGAGGGCUUCUACUUCACAAAAUACAAAGAGUACUUGAACGGCAGCAAUCUCAUUGUUAAACUUCAAGCUAAGCACGACCUUCUGAAGCAGACGCUAGGAGAAGGGGAGCGGGCUGAAUAUGGAACAACAAGGCCCCCCACUCUUCCCCCUAAACCCCAGAGAAUGCGGAAGUGUAGACCUCGUUCCAUUUUUAACCGUAAGCUGUUUAACGGCAAUAUGGAGGCCUUCAUUCAGGAUUCAGGGCAGCCUAUACCAGUGGUGGUUGAGAGCUGCAUUCGAUACAUCAAUCUGUACGGUCUUCAGCAACAAGGCAUAUUUCGGGUUCCAGGAUCUCAGGUCGAAGUCAAUGACAUUAAGAAUGCAUUUGAAAGAGGAGAAGAUCCACUAGUGGACGAUCAGACGGAUCAUGACAUCAACUCCGUAGCAGGCGUCCUCAAGCUCUACUUCCGAGGGCUGGAAAACCCGCUUUUCCCCAAAGAACGUUUCCUCGACUUCAUCUCCACCACCAAACUUGAUUCUGGUGGCGAAAGAGCUCAUCAUCUCCAGCAGAUAACUGUGACCCUACAGCGGCCCGUGAUCAUCGUCAUGAGAUACCUGUUUGCUUUUCUCAAUCAUCUUUCCCAGUACAGCGACGAGAACAUGAUGGAUCCCUACAAUCUGGCUAUCUGCUUUGGCCCCACGCUGAUGCCCAUACCGGACGACCAGGACCCCGUGGCUUGCCAAGCACACGUUAACGAGGUCAUCAAGACGAUCAUUAUCCACCACGAGGCCAUCUUUCCGAGCCAGCGGGAGUUGGAAGGACCGGUCUAUGAAAAAUGCAUGGCAGGAGGUGAAGAGUACUGUGAAAGCCCUCACAGUGAGCCAGGAGCUCUUGACGAGAUCGACAACGGGACCGGGCCAAACACAAGUGAUGAAGAGUUCGAGCCAAUCGAGGCCAUCGCCAAGUUCGACUACGUGGGGCGAAGUUCGAGGGAGCUGUCCUUUAAGAAGGGAGCGUCUCUGCUGCUGUACAUGAGAGCGUCUGAGGAUUGGUGGGAGGGCCGGCACAACGGUGUGGAUGGGCUGAUCCCGCAUCAGUACAUUGUAGUGCAAGACAUGGAUGAUGCUUUCUCAGACAGCAUUCAGAGGACAGAAAGUGAGACCAGCAGUGGAUCUCACUAUGAUGACAGGACGUCGUCAAGAAAUGAGCGUCAGUCUCCUUGUGACCAGGCUGCUGAGAACCGGUUUGGACCUGCAUUAGGAAGGAUAAGAGUGCGAUCAGAUGGAGCCGCAGUUCCCCGUCACAGGAACAACGGUGCUUACAGCCACAGCCCCACCAGGGCUGCUGACCAGCCGCCCAGGGUAAUGCCGCGCCCCUGCAGCCCGCACAAGAUCGCCGUCAGCAGGGCCCACGUCGACAGCCCGGAGAAGCGCCGCCUCACCACGUUCGGCAGCUCGGGCUCCAUCAACCACCCCGAUAGGAAGGCGUUUGUCGAGAGUCACUCUCAACGGUCAUCACCAAGCACGACGCGGCACGCCAGUUUAGGGGACCAUAAAGCCAUGGAGGCCGAGGCGCUCGUGGAGGUGAGGGCCGCAACGAGUUAUCGAAGUGCAGACAUAGAGAAAACCAUGAAUACAGCCCUGCAUGAAUUGCGAGAGCUGGAGCGGCAGAAUGUAGCCAAACAUGCCCCCGAUGUUGUCCUGGACACCCUGGAGCCCCUCAAGCACCCCGGUGCCGCCCAGGAAAUGUCUGCCAGCCCCCUGCACACCAUGGUGAUCAGGGACCCGGACGCAGCCCAGCGGCGUAGCAGCAGCAGCUCCUCCUCCGAGACCAUGACCACUUUCAAACCAGCUCUGUCGACACGCAGACCGAGCGCGCCUCUAAGGCCCCCGCCGGUCAGGCCUGUGCGACCGGCUCCGGUGAUCGGACCUGGCCAGGGACCGCACCGCUCCAGCAGCUCCAGCUCUUCUGGUCUGGGCAGUCCAGGCAUCACCCCCACUGAAAGGGUGUUUCCUAAAGCGCCCUCCCCAUCGCCGUCCACGUCCUCUUCGUCCUCAGACAAACAGGGUAACAUGUAGCUCCAAUCUGCCAGCUGUCAAGAACAAUGUGGAUAAUGAAUGAUAUCAGCACAUCGUCUUUAUAUCAAUAGCAAACAACAACACCCAAUUUGUCCAAUUAUUUCCCCACUAAUCUUGUACGAGGUAUGAUUGCUGCUUCUGGUUUCUUCUCACUCCACCUGGAAGCAAGUGACUGUACUGUUUAACAGUGAUUAUAUUACACAGAAAUAUGAAUUUAAACUAUAAAAAUUACUUAAUAGACUUCUUACAAAGCUGGAAUAAAGAGAUGCACUGGAGAAUAUUUCUGUUUACCGAGAUAUGAAACGUCUCGCUGAAACAAUAUUAGAUUACAGAGAUGCUGUGAGCUUGUGCUUUGUGUCUGGUUUCCUGCUCCAUUACCAUGACACACUUACGGGAAUACUACACCACUUACCAUGUAGACAUCCAGACUGUGCUGGGGGUUUCGUGUUUGAAUAUUUCCUUCAGAACCACUUACGUUGAUGGAGAGAGGUUAAUGUUGAGAAAACUGUCCCACUUUGGAACAAUAUUGGAAGACGGCAUGACUGAAGGACGAUAUCCGCUGCCUCAAGCUGCAGUUCUUCUGAUGAACACAGAAUGCUGCUUCUGUAGGAAUUAAAACUGUCGUAUUUGCCUCGACAACAGCUUCAAAGCAUAUAGCAUUUGGAAAUUAUACACAUUCAUAUAUAUUUGUUGCAGUUUUCAGAAAUCUGGGAAAUGCUGCAGGUGCUGGUGAAACUCGCGGCAGCGCAGGGAUUUGGCUUGAACUGACGGGCAACUUAAGCACAAAUGUGACAAAAUGGCUCCACGCACUGUUGUGAUCCCAACUUGUGGUGCUGCUUUAGUUUACAGUUUGGGAAUCAGCAGCAUCUGUACCAUUCCUCCACCUCAUUGUGCCAUUUUUAAAACACUAUCCUGACAUUUGAUAAAUACAGUAUUUUGCAAAAGUGUUCAAACCCCUCGUACGUUUUCACAUCUUCAUGUUACAAUUACAUACCACAACGUUGUGUGAUUAUUGGGGAGAUUUUUUUUAAGUUAAAGUUAUGCUUUAUUAUAAAGCGGAAGGAAAAUUAUACGUUUUUCAGAAUUGUAUGGAAAUAAGAGUAUGAAAAGUGUUACAUAAAUUUGUCGACUUGAAGCUAAACGACUUUAGCUUCAAGUCGUUUGCCUCUUUCUCUGAACAUUCUUCUUUGGAAAACACCCGUCGCUUCAUCUGAGGAUAUAUGAAGGGUAAAGUUCAGGUUUUUCAGCUGGUUCUAAAUUGGGUUCAUAUCAAUUCAGACUGGCUUUGCUUCCCCAACUAAAGAAACCAUGCUACAGUGUGGAUGAACUGUUCAUUGUGAUGUGUGGUGGUAAUUUUACUGCACUCUGAAAUGUUUCAGUUUUGGUCUAAUGUACCCACGGGGCAUACUUUCACACGUUUCCUGGAGGGCUACUGCUUCUUUUAGCGUUUUUUUCAGCAAUGGGUUUCUUCUUCUUCUACCCCUUUGAGGCCAGAUUUGUUAAGUGCAAGGCUAACAAAUUGUCAUGUUAGCCUAUUGGAUCUUUGUUGCUACUCCAGAGUUACCAUGGACCUCUUGGUUUAAUGCUCCACUUGCUUGGAUUGCAGUUUCCAGCAAAGCAGUUCAAAGCUUGGGAUUUGUUUUUAUAGCCUUGACCUAAUAAUUUCUGUAAUCUGCUGUGUUCCUUGGUCUACUUGAUGCUGCUUGUUCAUUAUAUUUUCAUCGAAAAAAUGAGGUUUUUAGUGAGUUUUAAUGACACACAGACGGGCUGUUUUCUAAAUUAGCAAUUCUGAAAGUCGUUCAUUGCACUGGAUAUUAUUUUGAGACAUCGGAGUAAAAGGAACAGAAUAGAAAAAUACACACUUUUCCGUGUUGGUUAUUUAUAUCAUACUCCAACUAAUUACACAAAUUUGUGGUUGCAAUUUGGAAAAAAAAAAAAAAAAAGGCUCACAGGGAUAAAAUUGUUUUUGCAGUGGACGUUGUAGUGUGUUUUGUAUGUGUCUUUUUUAUAGAAGGCAAAUGUUAUCAUCUCAUCUUUACUGCUUUAUUUCAUUCUUCAUCUGUCAAUUUCAGAACUGUCCAGAGGGGGGCAGUAUAGACCAAGUUACAGUGGUGCACAAGACAUGAAGCGUUAGCGUUACAUAGCUUUCAUGAUCAUUUCUGUGACAAAAAAAGGAUGAAGCAAAGUUUAGUUUUAUUCAAGAAACGAUAUCCCUAUCUCUUUUUACCACAUUAUUAGCUGUGUUACCUCUAAAACAAGUGAGACACUUGCACAAUUCAGUUGACUGAAGCACUAAUAAACUACAUGGAGCUGAGCUGUUUGUAGGUUCUGUCUUCACCCUGAAGCUGCACUAGAAACAAGCUUGUCCAGGUUGCAUUGGGUCUCUGCAGGCUGUUACUGUUGCUUUCUCUUGAUGACAUGUGUUGCCCCCUCCUCCAGGGGGUUGAGCGACAUCUCUUUAAAGUAUAAAAGGUACAUACGAUGGGAUGACUUAACACCUACUGCUAAAUAUUGCUUGUAAAUAUAACAUUGUAUCAUAGGAACAGGAUAUAUACAGUAUAUAUGUAUUAUGUGUAAUGUGUAGAUUUUUCUAAUUCUUAUCCUUGCACAGAUAUUACCUGAACAAUAAACUGAAAAAGUGUCAAACAUUGA